GUGGCGUUGCCGCACCGGAUGUGGGGCGGGGCCUGCCCCAAGAGAGCUUCCUAAAGCGAGAGAACCAAGCCGGCGCGUCUUGCAAUGGAGACGGUCAUUUCUUCAGAUAGCUCCCCAGCUGUGGAAAAUGAGCAUCCUCAAGAGACCCCAGAAUCCGACAAUAGCGUGUAUACUUCCUUCAUGAAGUCUCAUCGCUGCUAUGACCUGAUUCCCACAAGCUCCAAAUUGGUUGUAUUUGAUACAUCCCUGCAGGUGAAGAAAGCUUUCUUUGCUUUGGUGACUAACGGUGUACGGGCUGCCCCUUUAUGGGAUAGUAAGAAGCAAAGUUUUGUGGGUAUGCUGACCAUCACUGAUUUCAUCAAUAUUCUGCACCGCUACUAUAAAUCAGCCUUGGUACAGAUCUAUGAGCUAGAAGAACACAAGAUAGAAACUUGGAGAGAGGUGUACCUCCAGGACUCCUUUAAACCGCUUGUCUGCAUUUCUCCUAAUGCCAGCUUGUUUGAUGCUGUCUCUUCAUUAAUUCGGAACAAGAUCCACAGGCUGCCAGUUAUUGACCCAGAAUCGGGCAAUACUUUGUAUAUCCUCACCCACAAACGCAUUCUGAAGUUUCUCAAAUUAUUCAUCACUGAAUUUCCCAAGCCAGAGUUCAUGUCCAAGUCUCUGGAAGAGCUACAGAUUGGCACCUAUGCCAAUAUUGCUAUGGUUCGCACUACCACCCCUGUCUAUGUGGCUCUGGGCAUCUUUGUACAGCAUCGAGUCUCAGCCCUGCCAGUGGUGGAUGAGAAGGGGCGUGUGGUGGACAUCUACUCCAAGUUUGAUGUGAUCAAUCUGGCAGCAGAAAAGACCUACAACAACCUAGAUGUGUCUGUGACUAAAGCCCUGCAACAUCGAUCACAUUACUUUGAGGGUGUUCUCAAGUGCUACCUGCAUGAGACUCUGGAGACUAUCAUCAACAGGCUAGUGGAAGCAGAGGUUCACCGACUUGUAGUGGUGGAUGAAAAUGAUGUGGUCAAGGGAAUUGUUUCACUGUCUGACAUCCUGCAGGCCCUGGUGCUCACAGGUGGAGAGAAGAAGCUCUGAGCUCGGGAAGGGGUCAGGCAGCACCAAGGCAUACGCCCAACUCAUUGUCUGCUGGAAGCUCUGUGGGGAUCAGAUGAAACUUGGGGGAAUUGUGACUCUGUUCCCUGCUCAGGGCCCCCUGCCCUUCUAUUUGGGAGCUAGAGAAGGUAUAGGGGGAGGAAGGAGAAUGGUUUUAUAGCUACCCUUACCCUCACACAUACACUUGAAAAAACUUUCAGACUCGCCAAUUCUAGCCCCUGUCCUCUUAGAUGUAGCCCCCUUUCUGGGUGAACUGUAGGCUCUGUGUCUCUCAGACAAAUUCUGAUCUCUAAGAGAUCCCCAGACCUCACUUGCCUCUGCCUCUAUCUCGGCCCUGUUUCAACCCUAAGAUAAUAGCACAACAAAAUUCUUCAUAAAGAUAUUUUUAUUUACCUGUUCCAUGCUAUAUGGAGGAGGCCAAGUCCAUUUAGUGACAUUUCUUCCCAUAAUGUCAGUGGGGAGGACUGUGGGGAGGAGGGCCUUUGGGUUCCUGUGCUGUGUGCAUAUGAAGGGAGAUGGGGUUGGGUGGAGGAGGAGGGCAGUGUGGUUAGCUAAGGUUAUUGCUUUUUAUGGCAAGUCUAAUUAAAUGACAGCAAUCUCUUCAUGGUA